UUAAAAAAAAUACAAACUUUAACUGAAUUUUUUAUACAGUAAAAUAUGUCUGAAAGCAGUGUUUCACAAGAAGUAGAAUUUAGAGAUGUGAGUGUAGAUGGAGAUGAUGAUGAAGAAAGUCAUGAGAUUUUUCUGAGUGUGUUUGUUCAGCAAAGCCAUAUUGGACUGAGUUACUAUGACAACAGUGAUUGUACUCUGCAUUUCAUGCCGGACACGAUGGAAAACAGCGAACUCCAGCUGUUAGAUAGAGUCAUACAGGAACUGAGUCCAGCUGUCAUAAUUACAAGUGCCAAACAGGAGAACAGCUUGACCCAGUUCAUUGAAAAACUUGAAUUAAAUCCAGAUUAUAGACCUGAAGUGGUCAUAUUUCCAAGUGCCAAUUUUGGUUUAGAGUUGAGCAAGCAGCGACUCCUCACAGCACAGCUCCCGUUUCUCCCUCCUUCUAUCACAGAGAGUGAGAAAAUUCCCUAUCUCUCCUCCUGUAUCCCUUUAAACUCAGUGCUGAUGGUGAGGUCUAUAGGAGGACUGUUGAAGUGUGUGGAAAGAAGGAGAGUUGGCCUAGAGUUGGAUGACACUGUGGGUGUUCCCAUAUUUCAGAUUCUGGCCUACACACUGAAAGAUAUUGUAUACAUUGACAGAGACACAUACAGUGCCCUGCAGAUCUUUAAAUCUGAGCUGCAUCCUUCAGUUUAUAAACUGCAGUCAGGAGAGAAAGAAGGAAUGAGUCUUUACGGUGUACUGAAUUGCUGUCGAAGCAGGUCUGGGUCUUUGCUUUUACGACAUUGGUUCCACAGACCUACUAGAGAUCUAAAUGUGCUGGAGAGGCGUCAGGAGGUGAUCCGUUUCUUUACAUCCCCUCGUAACUUUAGCGAACUCAAGACACUACAGAGCUGCCUGCGGAAUAUCAAGAGCAUCUCGACUCUGCUGCAGAGAAUGUCCCUCUCUAACACAAAAGUCAUCGACUGGCAAAGUCUAUACAAGACAGUGUACAGUGGAGUGUGCAUUAUGGACACCGUUCGCUCUCUGCCCCAAAACAUUCAACUUUUCAGUGAAAUCAGCGGAAACUUCACCGAUGAUCUUUUCUACAUCGCCACAUAUAUCAGUAAAGUGGUGGACUUCGAGGCAAGUAUAGCCGAGAACCGAUUUAUUGUUAGGCAGAACAUCAACCCUGUUAUUGACGAGAAGAAAAGAAGGAUGAUGGGUCUGCCAGAUUUCCUCACAGACGUGGCUCAUGCUGAGCUGGAGAACCUGGACCCUCGUUUCGCCACCUGUAGUGUCAUCUACCUCCCUCUGAUUGGAUUUUUACUGUCAGUGCCAAGAUUACCCACCAUGCUGGAUAAACAGAGCUAUGAAAUUGAUGGUCUUGACUUUGUUUUUCUAUCGGAGGACCGACUGCAUUACCGCAGUGCCCGGACCAAAGAGCUGGACAACAUGCUGGGAGAUCUGCAUUGUGACAUCAUAGAUUUGGAGAUGGCUGUAAUGAGGGAUCUUCAGGCCGCCGUGCUCCAGCGGAGCGGCUGUCUUUACAAUGUCAUGAACCUGUGUGCCGAGCUGGACUGUUUAAUUGCUCUGGCUCAGGCCUCACAGGACCACAGCUACUGCUGUCCAACCCUGACACCGAACCAUAGGCUGGCCUUGAUUGAGUCACGACAUCCUUUAUUGGAGCUGUGUACUCCUGUGUUUGUAUCAAACACUUACAUCAGCUCUGAAACUGACGGCAAAGUAAAAAUGAUCACUGGCCCAAACUCUUCGGGCAAGAGCAUCUACCUCAAACAGGUGGGUCUGAUCGUGUUCAUGGCCCUGAUCGGCUCAGACGUACCUGCUAAAGAGGCAGAGAUUGGGCUGGUGGAUGCAAUCUUUACUCGUAUGCAGAGCCGUGAGUCUGUGUCAGUGGGUCUGAGUACCUUCAUGAUAGAUCUGAACCAGAUGGCUCAUUCCUUGAACAACAGCACUGGUAAUUCUCUUGUUUUGGUAGAUGAAUUUGGCAAGGGAACAAACACAGUGGAUGGAUUGUCUCUCCUGACCGCAUGUUUCAGUCACUGGUUGCGUCGUGGGUCGGAGUGUCCUCACUUACUCCUGGCAACAAACUUCCACAGCCUCAUACAGCUGGGUUUGCUCCCUGAUUCCCCACUGCUCUCUUUAUUGACUCUAGAGACGGCUAUAGAAGGAGAAGAGCUGGUGUUUUUAUACCAAGUCAGAAACGGCAUUUGCCAGUCGAGUUGCGCAGCUAAUAUCGCCACUCUGGCAGGUGUUCCCCCUGCCAUGGUCAAGAGAGGAGUGGAGGUAUCGGAGUUGUACAGAACAGGAAGUACAAUCAGAAAGAUGGACAGUCCCUCUGCAGAUGAACAGUACAGCAGGUGUGCUGAGGUGGUGGAGAAAUUCCUCAGCCUUGAUCUGGAUGAUCCUGAACUUGAUCUAGAUGCUUAUUUGAAAGGCGAGGUGCUCCCGACUCUUGAAGAGGUGCUGUGACAACAUCAAACCCUAAGUGACUGUGUGUUCACAUUGUGAGGAAAUGUGCUGUUGUUUCAAGUCUUCAAACUUAUUUUCCAGUUCAUAACAACCAACAUUUAGUAGUUUAAAUCUUUAAAUUAAAUGUUUGUUUCAGCUUUUCAUAUCCGUUUGUGAAUGUGAAUGUUUCAAAAUGUUACUGAAUGACAUUAUAUAGCACACUUGGCAAAUACCGUGUAAUUCAAGGAGCAAAAUAUACAAAACGGCUGUUGUACUUGAUUGUUUUCUAAUUUAUAGAACUAGCAGAACUCAAGUCGUAUUUGAACUAAUUCACUAACACUCAAGAGAGUUGACUUGUUUUCAGAGCAAAUGAUUGCUUGUCAAAGCAUUGAAAAGACUCAAAUGAAUUACGUUCUCAAGCCAUCUGUUGUGUGAGAACCUAUAAAGAUCACACUGGUAGGCUUAUC